AUGUUGAAGACCUACAAGAGUUCCUUCAAGCAGAAUAUUACACCAGUCAAUUUAGACCAGUAUGUACCUAAGGUUUAUCUUUCUCCUAGGGAAUAUCUGAAACACAGGGAGAAAGAAAAAUGUGAGGUGCUUAAGGACUUGAAGAAUAUGAGCAGUGGCAAUUUGUGUCCUGUUUUAAAACACACUAUCCCGUUUGGAGUUGCUUAUCACCAUAGCGGUUUAACAAGUGAUGAAAGGAAGCUCUUGGAGGAGGCCUACUCCGCAGGAGUUCUCUGUCUUUUCACCUGCACAUCCACCCUAGCCGCAGGCGUCAACCUGCCAGCUCGCAGAGUUAUUUUAAGAGCUCCCUAUGUUGCUAAGGAAUUUUUAAAGAGGAAUCGAUAUAAACAGAUGAUUGGCAGAGCUGGCCGUGCUGGAAUAGAUACUGUUGGGGAAAGCAUCCUUAUAUUGCAGGAAAAAGACAAGCAACAGGUAUUGGAGUUAAUAACUGGACCAUUGGAAAACUGUUAUAGCCAUCUCGUCCAGGAAUUCACCAAGGGAAUCCAAACUUUGUUUCUCUCUUUGGUUGGCUUGAAGAUUGCAACAAGUCUCAGUGACAUCUAUCAAUUUAUGAAUGGUACGUUUUUUGGUGUUCAGCAAAAGAUUUUGUUGAAAGAAAAAAGUCUCUGGGAAAUAACUGUUGAAUCACUUAGAUACCUGACAGAUAAAGGACUCCUACAAAAAAACACCAUUCAUACGUCUGAAGAAGAGGUCCAAUGUAAUUUCCAUAUUACGAAGUUGGGACGAGCUUCUUUUAAGGGAACUAUAGAUUUAGCUUAUUGUAACAUUCUCUACAGAGACUUAAAGAAAGGUCUCGAAGGACUUGUGCUUGAAAGCCUCUUUCAUCUAAUCUACCUAACAACCCCCUAUGAUCUGGUUUCUCAGUGUGAACCUAAUUGGAUGAUAUACUUCUGGAAUUAUAUCUUGCCAUGUAACAAUUAUCUUAAUGCUUUUAGAAAAGUGAUCCAGUAUCAACAUGAAGAAUCUGCAGCCCCUACGUCCUUCGAUAUGAAGGUGGACAAGGACAUUGUCAACAGACUCUACCUGUCUUUUGUUCUUUAUACAUUGCUCAAAGAGACCAACAUUUGGAGUGUGUCUGAAAAAUUCAAUAUGCCUCGAGGAUACGUGCAGAAUCUUCUCACUGGAGCUGCGUCAUUCUCGUCUUGUGUGUUACAUUUCUGCGAGGGUCGAGCAAGACAGUUAUACAACGCAGGUUACAGAAGUUUAACGCACUUAGCUAAUGCAAAUCCUGAAGUGCUGAUAGGGACGAUUGACCAUUUGUCAAGACGCCAGGCCAAGCAAAUUGUCUCAUCAGCAAAGGACUUGCAGCUUCUCCCAAAAGAACGUGUGUUCCUCCAGCCCAACAUCUUGGCAAAGGCCGGUCGUUUUGGCAGCAGGGCCGUGAAGGACAGUAGGCGCUGA